UGUACACCGUUUAAGAUGUGACCAAAAAAAUAACAAGGGAAACAACAUGGGGGAAAUUAUCAAAUAUAAUGCUGUGACCUCAUUCCCUCCCCUGUGACAUGUGCACUCUCCAUUCUUCAUCAUUGAUCUUAAACUAUGAUGGAUUGGUGUAUAAAACUUGACUAUGAUCUUACCCAGAAACCGUUUGUCACUACUCCUAAGUUGGGCUUUGCAUGGUCAAUCAAGGCUAAAUGCCUGUCUUCUGUCUAUGAGCCAUACAGCAUUUACUGCGUUAAGGCCUCUGCAAAAGUCAAGGCAUUUAUACUUCUUGCCUUUGCAUAGCAGAGCUGUUGUCAAGGAUGUGAGUUUGUGUUUAUACUGGACCUCCCGCCUCCACCUACCGUCAACCAAUCAUGUCAAUGCAGAGCUAUAUGGAGCCCUCCGCGUUGUUACAGUAUUUCGGCAGCGCACAACGAUGCAGUACGGAGUUCAAUUUUGCCUCUGCCAGCUUCUGGAGGCUCCGCAAUUGCCUCACAUCCUCCAUACGGCGCCUUCGACCACACUUUCCAAUCAAGCAUAAAUGGACUUUUAGGUGAAAUAUUUCCCAUAUAGAGUUUAGGUAGGAGUAUGUUCUGACCUUUGGUUUCGCUGAGUCGCCACCAGAUGGUGCUCUAGGUUCGCGUGUAAUGAACACUUCAAGUCAACUAUAUGUCAUGGAGUCAAUCAUGAAUAGGCUUUUAAUCUAUUUUGGCAAACUAAAUUUAUUCUUUACUAAAUCAACCAAAACCCGCGUUAUUUAUUCAUGUGAAUUGAUUAAUUACCAUGUUUUGCAGCAAAAAAAAACUGUUCGCAGUCUCUCUAGGCCAGAGUAGACCACCCUGUGUUUAAAAAAUAAAAAUUGGGGAAACGUCUAGCUCGGCAUGUAAUAAAUUAGAGACAUCUAAAAUGUACAACUCUUAACAGGGCUCUUUGCAUUGGUUGGAGCGCUUGUCAAUCAUAUUGCCCAUUGUCUCGUUGGUGCGACGGAUAGUAGAACUCGAGCUGGUUGUAAAGCGCGAGAAAGCAGUUGUGGCAGCAGAACCAGUGAUGGGUGCACUGAUCUCAAGUGCUGUUUAGUUGGAAUUGUUCAAACUUUUACGUGGGGAGUUUAAAUAACAUGAAGUGUGAACUUGGAACUAUGUUAAGGUCAACGAUGUUGGAAUUACUUUUGUUUUCAUUGACAGCUGGGUUAUAUCGUGCUGCACCGCGCGCCUCCAACAACAAUGAACUGUCUGUAUCAAAGCAACCUGCCAUGUCCGAAAUCACACUCGGGCAGCUCGGCACUACCAUGCCAAAUUAUUUACCCGAGGACAAUGUGAGGUUGUCCACAAUUUCAGCGCUCUCCCCAGUUUCUACCGCGACCACAUCGGCAAACAGGAUUACAGGUAAAACCACUAAAUCUUCCCAAACAAACAAGUUGACCCGAACAGCAAAGACCACCAUAAGUGAGUCCAUAUCGGAGUCCUCAGUAAAAAACAAUGAUGGUACAGCUGACAUAACGCCGAUAAUUUACACAGGAAUAUUUCGAAAUACAACACCAACUGCUUCGACAAUUUCUCCAUCGAGGACUCCCGAAACAAAGACCCAUUCUUCGUCCACCUCGCAGCCUUUACCUGUCCCCACCACUGACACGCAACAAACUGAGUUCCUGUGUAACUGUAGCAGCGAGGGAUCUCUGGAUCUAGACCGCUGCGACCGCAGCACAGGACAGUGUGUCUGCCUGUUGGGCUACAUGGGACUGCGGUGUGCUGACUGCCAGGAGGCCCACUUCAACAACGGCACCACCGGCUGCAUCCCCUGUAGCUGCGACUCCUACGGUGCUCUUGGACCCCUCUGCGACAGCUCUGGGAUGUGCGUGUGUAAGACAGGCGUAUACGGUGACAAGUGUGACGAUUGCCACCCAGGUUUCUUCCGGUUCAGCAGCACGGGUUGCCAGCCAUGCCAGUGCAAUAAUCACUCCAGCUACUGCCACCCACAAUCAGGCAUCUGCUUGAACUGCCAAGGGAACACCAAAGGACCCGGCUGUGAGGAAUGCAAGUAUAAUUUCUACCGGAGGCCCAGCGCUGCCCUUACUGAAGUCUGCGUCCCCUGCCCCUGCUCCAGCGUCACCUCUUCUGGCAGCUGCCACCUUGACCCCGGAGGACAAUCUGUGUGUGACCAGUGUAAGCCAGAGUACCAGGGGCCCCACUGUGACCAGUGCAGGGGUGGCUUCUACAAUGCGGACAGCAUCUGCCUUCCUUGCAACUGCAGCGGGAACGCCGACCCCGGGAUCUCGCCCCGCAUCUGCAACCCUGAGACGGGUCACUGCCUGAGCUGCGUCAACAACACGUCGGGGAAACACUGCGAGCGCUGUGCUGAAGGAUACGUAGGUAGUGCCAUCAUCCACAGCUGCAAAGCUAUAGUCACUCCCACCCCUGAGCAGAACACGACAACAACCACCACCACCCUGACACUGCGCUCCACCACCACUACCCCCUCUAGUGGCCACACUAUGACUUCCACCUCUAACGCCACCACCACUCAGCUGACCACCACAGCCUCCAGCACCACACCAGGUCUCCUCGCCAACACCACGGCCGCCAUCUCCGAGGUCUCCUGGACCCAGUUCAAUGUCAUCGUCCUCGCGGUGAUCAUCGUGGCAGUGGUGGUGCUGAUGGGCGUGGCGGGCGGUGUCUAUACCUACCGCGAGUACCGCAACCGCAAGCUGAACGCUCCGUUCUGGACCAUCGAACUUAAAGAGGAUAACAUCAGCAUCAGCAGCUACCACGACAGCCUGCCUAACAUGGGGGACGUGUCGGGCCUGCUGGAGGAAGAGGCCAGCAUGGAGGUGGCGCCCAACGGCCAGCUGACGCUUAGCAGCCCCAUCAACAUGUACAAGGCGUGAUGUUGGGCCAUGGGCGGGGAUGCUUCUUCUUCUUCUUUGGUGUUUUAACGGCGGUGUGCAAGCUAAUGUUUAUUGGUGUUACCGCAGCCUUCUGGACUAGUGUGGUAAAGACGCAUCCUCCGGGAAACUGUAUUCUGUCCCAUCUCUACCACACCCACCAACCCCACCCGUGGUGGUCACACCCACCAUGGAACUCUGACUGGGGGAGGGAUGUCUCUGACUGGGAGAGGCAGGAAGGGGGGAGGAAGGUCUCUGACUGGGAGAGGUAAAGAUGGGGGGAGGUUUAUCAUCCAGUCCUCAGGAUUUUAAUAAUAAAUUAUCUGCUUGUUGCGGUUACUAAAAUGAGGAGGAGCUGGAAGGAUGGACUAACUACAGAAUCAGAAAUCAAGUGACUUCUGAGUCACCCAGACUGGGAGAAAACAACCUGAGUUUGAAUGGUUCAGAAGGGCCUGGGAGUUUGAAUGGUUCAGAAGGGCCUGGGAGUUUGAAUGGUUCAGAAGGGCCUGGGAGUUUGAAUGGUUCAGAAGGGCCUGGGAGUUUGAAUGGUUCAGAAGGGCCUGGGAGUUUGAAUGGUUCAGAAGGGCCUGGGAGUUUGAAUGGUUCAGAAGGGCCUGGGAGUUUGAAUGGUUCAGAAGGGCCUGGGAGUUUGAAUGGUUCAGAAGGGCCUGGGAGUUUGAAUGGUUCAGAAGGGCCUGGGAGUUUGAAUGGUUCAGAAGGGCCUGGGAGUUUGAAUGGUUCAGAAGGGCCUGGGAGUUUGAAUGGUUCAGAAGGGCCUGGGAGUUUGAAUGGUUCAGAAGGGCCUGGGAGUUUGAAUGGUUCAGAAGGGCCUGGGAGUUUGAAUGGUUCAGAAGGGCCUAGGAGUUUGAAUGGUUCAGAAGGGCCUGGGAGUUUGAAUGGUUCAGAAGGGCCUGGGAGUUUGAAUGGUUCAGAAGGGCCUGGGAGUUUGAAUGGUUCAGAAGGGCUUGGCAGUCUUUGUGCCCUUCAUGAUUCAACCUUUAAGCCACAGGGAACCACAUUGACCUAAGAAGAGAGUGAAGGUGAGCAUGUGGAGGUCCGUGAAGGCUGAGUGUCCAGCCAGGCCUAUGAAACCAGUUAACUGAAGCCCACUCUGAAACGCUGCAUCACACAAUCAAAAACAUACUGAAUAUUGACAGUAUGUGCACCUCUUCAAAUACACAUCCUCAAACACUAUGUUUGCACAUAGAGUACUGCACACACAUGCACAAGCACUAAAUAAAACACAUACACACAAAAUAAAGAGAGCGUGUAUUGUCCUGGUUGGUUUUAAUGGAGGAUAACUUGCUUCAAAAUUGUUUAUUUACAUUGUGUAAUGAGAGAGAAAAUGGACAAAGUUUUGCAACGAUUAUGAUUCAUACAACACUGCUGUGGGGCCAUUUUGGUAUGUUUUGACACUAAAAUGAAACGAUUGCAGGGUUCUGGUACACUGUUAAGUCUAGGGCAUCUAUUUCACUUGGAGAAAACAAGAGGCUCCACAUUUUAAACAAGUGUUUUUGUUUAUUUUAUUUGAUAAUUUAUUGCUUUCUGUUUUCCUCAAUAAGCUUUCUGCUAAUGUGUUGCACAGCCAGAUUUUAGCCAUGCAGAUGCCAGAAGGCCCAUUACAGAAAAUGUAUUGGUUUACAGCUGAAACUAAAGUUAAGGCAGGAGAAGUCAUUUUCAUGGUUUCUUAUUUUAUUCAUAAUAAUAAUAAUAAUGAACUGGAUUUGUGUAGCAAGUGCUCAAAUGGUUUUACUAUUAUCCACUACUUCCACCUGGAUGAUGACGCUCGAGUUCAGUAGGCAUGAAACAGAAGAAAAAGACUGAAACGUGGAGACACUAAUGAGACUUAUUUUCGUUUUCUGUUUCAAAACAUUUUACCACCCGUGUUACCUACUGAACAUGACCCAGCUGUCACAGUGGACAGAUGAGGAAGUGCAUCAUACUAAUUAAGAAUCAGGGGGGGAUUAUGUGGGCAUGAUUGUCUGAGGGCCUGACUGGGAAUUUAGCCAGGACAGCGGGGUUUAACAACACCCGUACUCUUGCUACUUUUUUGGAGCAUAGCUAGUAAACACUUAUGGAAAAGAAUGAAACCAUUUAGCGGUGAAUUCAAAAGCAUGCGAAAAUAGGGAGGGCAGAGCUCUUUCCCAAUUAUUUUGAAUGCAACGCAAACUAGUCUGAAUUAUGAGAUUUGGGAGAACUAUUGUCACCAUACCGGGUUUCUUUGAAAUUGUAGUUACCUAACAAUUCCCACGUGCAUCGAGUGUACAAAACAUUAGGAACACCUUCCUAAUAUUGAGUUGAACCCUCUUUAGCUCUCAGAACAGCCUCAUUUAUGUAGUGCAUAGACUCUACAAGGUGUCCAAAGUGUUCCACAGGGAUGCUGGCCCAUGUUGACUCCAAUGCUUUCCACAGUUAUGUCAAGUUGGCUGGUAGUGGAUCUCUGCUCUGAAUAGCUCGUUCCAUCUCAUCCCACAGAUCUUCAAUUGGAUUUAGAUCUGGUGACUAGACAGUCCACUGUUUGUGGAACCAUUCCUGGAUAAUCCUAGCCUUGUGGCAUGGGGCAUUUUCCUGCUGAAAAAAUCUAUUUGCAGAUGGAUACACUGCUGCCAUGAAGGGAUGCACUGGGAUGCACAGUGUAUAUCAAAUGUUUAGUUUCAGUUAUCAAUAAUGGUUCUUACCUUCCUUCAAGCUGCUCAACGGAUCUGAAGCUCUGAACCCCCCCCCCCCCAUUUCCCUGCAAUACAUUUCUCCCCAUCUUUCCACCUAGAGAUCUCGUGCUCUUACUCCCUCAGGUACUGUCCUGCUCAUUGUAAAUAUGAACAUGAUGUACAGAUUUGUUGUAAAUAAGAAGCUACUAUUGUAGAUAGGAGGGUGAAUUCUUUUCAGGAUUGGGAAAUUCUGGGCCUCUUCUCUGGGUUGUUUUGACAUCCAGGCAUAUUAGGGAUUCUCAACUCUGAUCUCUUCCCAUUGAAACGACAUACCAACCAUAAUUCUUCCAUAGAAGCAUAGGUGCUGAGAUUUACCAGAUGCCUUUUCUGUCCGAUACACCUUGUACAUACCACAGCUAAUGUAACCUACCAAAAUUAAACUCUGUUUUUGUUUAA